AUGACUCAUCACAUAUCAAAUAGUGAAGCGACUACUUCGGAUCGAACAAGACUUGGGAACCAAAUGAUUUUACCAUCAUCAUUUUCCGGCAGCAUGCGACAUAUGCAACAGCAGUACCAAGAUACAAUGGCAGUAACAAGGAAAGUUGGACGACCGGAUUUAUUCAUCACAAUGACAUGUAAUCCUAAAUGGCCGGAAAUAUGUACGGUAUUAAAAGAUUUUCCUACAGGUACCACUGUAAACGACAUUCCAACAAUAGCUUGUCGAAUAUUCAACAUGCGGCUACAACAGGCAAUAAAGGAAAUCCGAAGCGGUUCAGUAUUUGGAAAGAUUGAAGGAUACGUAUACACAGUUGAAUUUCAGAAGAGAGGCUUAACGCAUGCUCACAUACUAUUUAUCUCAAAUAACAAUGACAAACUUAUGACUCCAGAAGCAAUUGACAGUUUUAUAUCUGCAGAAAUACCAGACAAACGAAUACAUCAACAACUAUAUCAAUCUGUCACAUCACACAUGCUACACGUCCCUCACACAUCCAAAAUACCAUGCUGGAAUUCGGUAACGAAGUCAUGCUCAAAGAACAUUCCGAAAAACUUAGUGGAAAACACUGAUAUAAGCGCUGGCGGUUUUCCAAAGUAUCGCAGACGAAAAAAUACAGACGUCAACUAUUACCGCAACCACGUGGAAGGAAGAAAUAUCCAAGUAGACAACAGCAUGGUUGUGCCUCACAAUCCAUACCUACUUGCAAUGUACGAUUGUCACAUGAACGUAGAACAUUGUGCGUCAAUAAUGGCUAUCAAGUAUGUCUUUAAGUACAUCCACAAGGGACAUGAUCGUGCAAGAGUACAGAUAACUGAUUCAAACAGCAAGAGUGAUGGUCAGCCAAUAAUCAACGAAAUACAGGAUUAUGUAGAUUCGCGUUACGUAGGACCGAUGAAAGCAGUUUGGCGUAUACUAGAACUGCCAAUGCAUGGACUAAGUCACGCAGUCACACGCUUACCUGUACACCUACCGGCGCAGCUAUACGCAACGUUUGAGGAUGGUAGAGAAGUCAAAGCCGCUACAAAUGAAAAAAAGUGGAGAACCCAUCUUAUUGCAUGGUUUGAAUUGAACAGCAUAGAUGAAAUGGCAAGAAAUAUAACUUACACGAACACGCCAGAUUACUAUUCGUUUCAAGAAGCAACAAAAACGUGGAAAAAAAGAAAAUAUGCAUGCAAAGUAUAUUUAAUCGGUGAAAUGCCAUCGAACGCGAUAGAUUUAUGGAUUACUCACAAGAAAGCACUAUCUGAAGACUUCGUGGAUCAGCAUGAAAAUAGAGCACUAUGUACAAUUGAGCAUCUUCUCAGAGCUGAGGCAAGAUCAUGUGCAGAUUUUCACUUACCAAUACCGGAGAUAAUUUUCAAAAAUAAAGCAGAAGAAAUAACAGUGGAAAACAGAAACCUUUGCAAAGAAAGCACUGAUAGAAAACAAGAAAAAUGCUCUUACAUUAAUGGAUCAGGAGGAACAGGAAAAACAUUUUUAUACAACGCAUUGUACUACAUGUUGAAAUCUGAAAAAAAAUGUUGCAUUGCUUGGACAGGUAUAGCAGCCAUCUUACUACCAUAUGGCACAACCGCGCACAAAACAUUUGGAUUACCAUUGACACUGCAAAAGGAAGGAACAAUUUUCACAAAUGCAACGAUGAAGAAAAAAAUACAAAGUAUAGAUGUAUUUAUAUGGGAUGAAUGUUCGAUGAUACCGAAAAAUGCUUUAGAAUUGAUCGACACCACGUUAAAAGAUAUAAUGGAAGACACAUCACCGUUUGGUGGGAAGACUAUAAUACUAGGUGGAGACUUCAGACAAGUUUUACCCAUUGUGAAACGAGGAGGUAAUGGAGAAGUGGAGCUGUUUGUACCAGAGAAAGAAAUACAAUGCAACAAUUUAAUAGACGAUUCAUAUCCAAGAAAUUUGCCACUUGAUGAAUUAACAAACAGAGCCAUCUUAGCUCCAUUGAAUUUCGAAGUUAAUCAGUUAAAUAAAGAGAUACUACGCAGAAUGGAUGGCAAUAUAUUCGAAUUAAGAAGCGUAGAUUACGAAACAUUACAAGGAAUUGAUACUGCGGAAGCAGCACUUGACGAAGAAGCUACUCUGCGAUAUUCGAUAGAAUAUUUAAAUGGAUUAAUGCCAUCAGGUUUACCACUACACAAUCUACAGCUGAAAGUCGGAGGAAUUGUGAUGUCAUUGCGAAAUUUAUCAAUAUCAGAUGGUUUAUGCAAUGGUGCACGGUUAGUUGUAAGAGAAAUUCACUCUAGAAUUUUGAUUGGUGAACUUCUAAUCGGAGAGCGAAAAGGGCAAAUAGUAUAA